ACACUACAUUGUAGAAAGGCGACACACAAGUGAAGUGGACAGUCUGAGUCUCCAUGAAGCCCAGGAUCAAUCAGACCUUAUUUAAGUUGUCUAUUUAACUUUAAAACACUUUUUUUCUUGCACGGAUACGAUUUUCUUGGGAAGUUUUUUUUUUGGUAGCUAAAUAUCCUUUUUUUUCCGGUCAUUUUUUCCGGUCAUUGUUCGGAUUAGACAGUAAGUUCAUUUCGAGAUGAGCACCACUGAGGGGUUGUUUUUCUCGGCUUUGCAGCCGCACACAGCCGUGAGCACCUACGCGGUACCUACUGACCGCGAGCUCACCGUGGACCGGCAGGCGAAGGAGAAGCGCGUGCAGCAGCAGGUCCAACAGCGGCUCGCGGAAAAAGCGUCACCAGAAUAUAGCAGCAUAUCCAUGAAGAGGUACAACAGUCAAGGAGCUGGAAUCAACUAUAAGACAGGCAGCAGACUAACAACCCCACGUUUGCAUAAGGUUACUGGAGAUUUCAGCUCACGCUCUGCUGUGGAAAUGGGCACGCAUCGCAGGAUCAGCAUUGGCACCCCUGUACCAGCUGUUGUGGGCAACCCGUACCGAUAUUGUGAUGUCUCCUACAAUGGAGGGCAUAGUAUUGGCCAGGUCAAUCGAGAGGAGCAAGAAGCAGGUUUGCAGUUUCAAGGGCAGCCUUUUCCCAGGGGUAACUGGGUAACUCCUGAGGGUAUGAGCUCCUCUGAGCAUCAAUCCUACUACGGCCAUAGUCCGUUGCCCGCUGUAUCUCCUAUGAGACGCAGCCUCAGUGGUACACUAGAGCAUGACAGUAUUGGCAGAGGAUGGAAGGAGGCAGAACUUGCUCAUCAGUAUUCCUCCAAAGGACCAGCCCAUCGGACCCUGAUGCGCAUGAAUAACCGGCAGAUGCAGCACCAGAGGAUGGGCAACAGCACUAUUCAAUGGCAGCAGGCAUCAGGUGGGGGCAGCACCAUAAUGGCCGGAGGGCAAUUUCCGAAUACGAUAAGACGUGCAGGAUCAGUACACAGUCUGAAGAGUGUGGGCCGAGGGGUGGAUGUGAGUGAUACCGUGGCUGAUGGCAGGGACAUUUCUGGAGGGAUCCAUAGCCUGGACAUGACGACUGCAAUCAGUUAUCUCAACUCAACAGAUAUUGCUAUGCAAACACUCGGAGCCGCCUACAUUCAGCAUCAGUGUUACCAUAGCAAUGAUGCCAAGGACCUGGUACGAAACCUGAAGGGGAUCCCAGCACUGGUGCAGCUAUACAGCAGUGAGAACCAGGAAGUGCAGCGGUAUGCUACAGGAGCCACGCGCAAUCUCAUCUAUGAGAGCAUGGAAAACAAGACGGCUCUAAUUGAGGCUGGGGGUAUCAGCAAAUUGGUUUCUGCAUUAAAAGAGCCAGAUGAUGAGCUUUGCAAGAAUGUUACAGGUAUUUUGUGGAAUUUGUCGUCUAAGGACAGUCUGAAGGAGAAGCUGGCAAGGGAAAGUCUAGCCGAGUUGACCGAACGAGUGCUUAUUCCUCUGUCUGGCAGUGGAGACUCUGCAGUUAUCCAGCAGAGCCAGUCAGAAAUGGAUAUAUUCUACAACACUACAGGCUGUCUUAGAAACCUGAGCUCAGUGAAUGGGAGGACCAGGCAGCAGAUGAGAGACACUCGAGGCCUUGUGGAAUGUCUUGUAGGAUACAUACAGAACUCUCUACAGGAGGGCAAGGUUGAGAACAAGGGUGUAGAGAACUGUGUGUGUGUCCUGAGAAACCUGUCCUACCAGCUGUAUUGUGAGAUCCCCACAUCAGUACUGCAGCGUUUAGAGGGUCCAUCAAGAGCUCAUGAUACACAUAGAAGAGACACCAUCGGCUGCUUCAAUCCACAGAGCAAGAAGACAAAGGAUAAGAGGAACCACGAGUUGGCUACAUUGUCUGAAGUAGCUCGAGUACCAAAGGGAGCUGAGUGGCUUUGGCAUCCUCAGAUAGUCGGGUUAUAUAAUCAAGUGCUGCAAAACUACGAGAUCAGCAGUGCUACCCGCGAAGCUGCAGCUGGAGCCUUACAGAACAUCACAGCAGGAGAAGGCCGGUGGGCGUCGGUGUUGAGUCGUGUAGCCCUGGAGCAGGAGAGGAUGCUGCCUGUGAUUAUGGAUCAGUUAAGAACUCCAACCGAUGCUGAGCUGCGUUCUCUCACCGGCCUGUUGAGAAAUCUGUCCCGGCACUGCAAGGACAAGGCAGAUAUGGCUACGAAAGUGGUGAAUAUCCUGGUGCCCAAACUGCCAAGUGAUGGGCAUCAGAAAGAGCCAUCCAGUGAAGUGGUGGUCAACAUCUGUGGCAUUCUCAACAAUCUGGUCAUGGGGAGUUCACUGGCUGCAAGAGAUGUGACUUACUUUGAUGGAUUGCCCAAAUUGGUUGGAAUCAAGAUGUCUCAUGACAACAGUCCAGGAAAGGUGAAGGCAGCUAAGGCCGCCUCCACAGUGCUGUGUAACAUGUUUGUAUACAGCAAGCUCCAUAAAGAUUUCAAGCAGAAGGGGUUCACGAGGAGGGACUUCACUGAAACGGUCUGAUUUAGUCAUACUUAGAAAUGGAUCUGUGUGAAGCUUAAAAUUAACAGGAAUAACCCAAUCAUCUAUCAAGCUCAACAUGAGGGGAGGCUUUCUGAGAACAUGCCUGUAAUCUUUGGCUUUUUUUUUUUCUUUUUUCUUCAAUUUGAUUGCUGUGCAUUUCUGGGAGGACAUUUUUUUUUCAGUGGAGUUGAAUGAAACUGGAUGGAUAUGUUGGAACAUUCAUUUAAUUUGAGGAAUAAAGAACAUUGUGGACUGUUUUUCUGACUCAGUUCCGCACCAUGAGUGUAUGCUCACCUUGAAACUGACCAGGAAAAAAUAUUGUCAUGCAAUGUCUAAUAACUCUUAGUGCUGUUGAGUUUGCGUGUGUGUGCGUGUGCGUGUGUUUGUACUGUAUACACUAAUGCAUUUAUCUAUCAGUAUGUAGAAUUAGACAUGACUCACAGUGUUAAAAAUAUGCAUCAUUACAUUUUUUUAUUUGUUUUGGUUGCCACAUUAUUUCAGAAUAUUUAGGGUUGUUUUAUAAGUAAAAACACUGUAAAUUCAUAUUGGUUUCUUGGACACUCAAAUUAAUAAUCGAAUUAUUUUAGCAUUUUGAACUGGGACUGAAUCUCAGUGCUACCCUUGAGAUUAAGAGUCUGUUUCUAAUUUAGGCUGGGAUUACAUGUUAUACUUGCACUGUAGCUCUCUAUUAUGUAGUGGUGUACUUUUGGCCAUCCACAAAGUCACAACAUCCAAGCAUUGAUGCAUAAACAGUGCUGUAUAUACAGUUUAAAAAGGUUGUGGUACCUAGUACAGUCAUACACAUAAAAAGAUCUGAAUUUAGAUUUGAAACAAAACAUAGGGCUUUUUAAAUCAUAAUAAUUAUUUUCUAAUGUUUGAUUUUUUGACGCUUUCUCUGUAUCAUUCUUAAAGAUCUGCUGGUUGAUUUUUAUUAAUCUAAGUGAUUUGUUUGUUCGUUUGUUUUUGACAUAGAAGGAUUUCAGAUUUCACUAACAAAUUACUGUUAAAAUUGCUUUUGUAGCAGACUGACUUAAAUACCUAAAUGAAAGUAUUAUGUGAGAGACUGUUAUGGUACCUCAACAAUAUGUUUUACACAUCAAGCAAAAAGUUGGCGUCACAUCGCCAAUUAAAUGUUACUCAUCUGUUGUUUUGAGACGUCUAUAACUAACAUUAUGAUCAUCUCAUAUAAAGAUAGUAAACAUGUAGUGAAGACUCACUUGUUCAGUUCAGUCUUCCUUUGCUAGUGAUUACUAAAACUGUUUGUAUGUUUACUGUUUUCUUAUUUUAACUUAUUCUCUCUCUCUCUCUCUCUCUCUCUCUCUCUCUCUCUCUCUCUCUCUCUUUUCCCAAACACGUGGGUGGAUUGAAAGGUUGACAGGAUACACAUUUCUCCCACUAAGCAGUGCCCAGACAGAUUGCCCUCUACACAGUCUGUCUGUUGUACGGGUGCAAAUGGUAAUAACUGUAUGAAAGGGGUGUUUUGGAAAAAUACUUGGGAAAUAACAGAAGACUGAGACACGUAAAAGGAACAGAUCAAAAACAGAUGUCAGGAAGCUGAUGGUCUUCAGCCAGAAAUGCUGACCUUGGGGUUUGGCUUGACCUUAUCUCAAAUGCUUAUUAUUAUCUUCUCACUGUGCAGGCCAUUGAGAGGGAAUGAGGAACAGUGAGGGUGGAAAGAGAAAAAGAAAAGGGAGUUACAUUGUGUAAAAUACUGAGAUAAAUGAGUGUCAGAGAGCGCAAUAUGAUGAAUCUUGAUUUCAAUAAACACACUAAUUCUUUUUUA